UGCCCUAACAUCAAUUAUUUAUCGGUGCAUACCUAAUCCCGAUCGGGAUAUGCUUCCUCACGUUUUCAUGAAGGUAAAUGAUAUUAAGGUUAAAAAGUUAGAAUCCAGUUUAUUGUGGAAUCCAAUAUUACUAUACAAUAUUAUUGAGUGACCAAUAAUACUGGUCCCAAUAUAUUGGGUAUACAAUAAUAUUAGGAGACCAGUAUUAUUGGAUAGCCAACAAUACUGUACAAUAUCUCCAGUAAUGAUUGUAGCACGCUCUGUCUCGCUAAUAUCGUCAUUAGUCAGCUCAGUAUUUUGAUGAUUCAUCGCUAUUUAUUGUGCUUUAACGGACCGGCCCGUGUUUUGAUGACUGUGGAUGCGGACGUAGCCAUUUAUUUUGUAUAACACUUUUUCUUCGCCGAGGAGAAAGGUUUCUAAGAGCCGUUUGAUAAAACCAAGGUUUCCAUCGGUUUUUAAAGCUUGUACUAAAUUUCCAGGUACUGCACUAAAAACAGUUUCGAUAUUUUUGAAUUAAUUUUGAUUAAUUUGUAUUGAAUUAUGAACUUUUUGAUUUUCUUGGUAAAUGGCUAGACAUAGAUCAUAGAUUAGUUCAUCUACAGAUUUCAGUUGUUUUUGAAAAAACACAUCGUCGUGAAAGUCAUCAGAAUCUUGUCUUCAUUCGUUUUCUAGAUUACUAUGCCUAAACAUAGAUCUCAAAUAAAUGUUACACAGAAAGCAAGAGAGACGAACAGGUCGCUCAUUCUGAAGAGGGUAUUUUACACUAACUAGCCGUGAAAGUAAACGAAAGUCUUAGUGUGGUAAUCUGGUCCUUUGUGACCUCUUCCAAAAACAACCUUCACGAAGAGCUUUGAAUUGUUCCGUCUAUCAGCCUAUUAUAAAAAGUAUGAUUAAAUUUUAAGAAGUUUUAUUCUGACUUUUCUGCUUUGUUCAUUGCAUCUUUGAAUGUUCGUUUCAUACGAAUACGGCAGAUAUUUGUAUAUCAUGUGAGUAUAUCCGCCUGGAAAAAAAUAGCUGCAGUCGAUUUUUUUAAUAUAUCAUCACUAUAAAAAUACAUUUUAAAAAAAUAAGUAUAUAUUCAGAAAGUGCUCGGAGUUUUCUGUCAUCCUAUAUAUUUAUGUCUUGUCUUGCAUCUAUUUGCUGAAAAAUAGUUUCAGUAAAAUGAAAGUUUUCUUGAUUGAAGCUCUAAAAUUAAAGUUUAGUUAUGGUUUUGUUGAGCAUUUCAUGGCCCAUUUUUCAAAGAAAAACAUGAACCUUUGGGUCUUAAAGAAAUACGAGAAAAAUAGAAAAUACUGGAAGGCUACACUCGUGACAAUUUCUGAGAAUCUAACGAUGAGGGGGCUGUCAUUGCACUCGAUUUAUUUUUCUGCAAAUAAAUGUAAGACAAGACAUAAAUAUACACGGUGAUAGAGAACUCCGAGCGCUUUCAGAAUAUAUAAUUAUUUUUUUAAAAUGUACUUUUAUAGUGAAGAUAUAUUAAAAAAAUGUAUCACGCUUAUGUUCAGGUUUAACUCUACGAUUGUUCUCAGACCAUCUAACUAGUAAAUAAGUAUUAAUUUUGAAGGUAAAUCAACAUUAUUACCUCCAUUACUCAUUGCUGAAGGGUAUGACAAGAUCCUUGUUACACAGCCGAGACGUUUACCGUGCACUUUAAUAUGCAAACGUAUUAAUUCAACAAUGGAUGAUCCAAACGACAGCACGGGCCUAGCAGGAUGGGCUAUAAGUGGCAAAGAACACAAUGUUAAUGCCAAUAUCCUAUACUUAACAGAUGGAUUGUUAAAAGAACGUUUGUUAUUUGAUGAAAAUAUAAUAACAAAUCAGACAAAACUAAAUAAAAGUGUAGUAUUUUUUAUUGAUGAAGUUCAUGAGCGCUCGGUAAAUAUUGAUUUAUGUCUAGCCUUAUUAGCACGUAUAUUAACACUGAAACCAGAAUUAAGAACAAAAAUGAAAAUCAUUAUAUCAUCAGCCACAUUAGACUCAACUGUACCAGAUCUUUUUCGUCAACUUCCGAACUGUAAAUUUGAUGAAUUUAAUAUGCCAACGUUAAUGACACUCUAUCCGGUAACAAAAUUUAAACGACCUAAUGAGAAUGUAUUAGAUGUUGUUCAAGAAAUAUACAAAAAACGUCAACGACAUGAUCAAAUAUUAUGUUUCGUUAAUUCUGUCCAAGAUGUAAAUAAUUCGUGUAAACUACUAUCAGAUUUGAGUAGAGGAGCAAUUUCAGCUUAUCCAUUAAUUCAAUCACAAUCAGCCGUAGAUCAACAAGCAAAUAUAGAAUAUCGUUCUGUAUUUUUUUCAACAACUGUAGCUGAAACUAGUCUAACAUUUCCUUGUUUAAAAUAUGUUAUUGAUUCUGGUAUGAUUAAUAUUCCAGUAUAUGAUAUUAACACUGAAACAACAAGAUUGGAGGAAGUAAGAGCUGCUGAGUCAACAAUUAACUGGAUUCUAACUUUUUAA